AUGGCAGGCUUAUUAGCAUGGGCAGCAGAUGUAGUAGGAGGAGCAGGAGGAGCAGAAUCAGGAUCCGAAGAUUCAAUCCCAAUCCUUUUCACCGAUUCUCAGAAAACCUACGUUCGCGAACUCGAUCACAAAUCCAAUUCCCUCCAACGUUCGAUCCAAGAUCUACGCCUUCGAUUACCUCCUCCUGAUAUCUCACAGCGUCUUCCUCAUCUUCACGCUCACUCUUUAGCUUCCAAUAACGCUCUCGCUCUCCAAUUAAACGCGCAUUCCUCCACUCGCCAUCAGGCCCAGCUUAGAGAGGAGACGCUGAAGGAAGAAAAUGCUGCUUUCGAGAAUGCUAUAUCCACUUGCGAGGAUAAGAUCAAGGAAAAAUUACAGGAGGCUGAACUACUAAGGAGAAAGUUAGAGGAAAUGGAUGAAGCUGAAGAGAAGUUGAAGACCGAGAUAGAAAAUAUGCGGCUGAGAGCUUCUGAAAAUGCUGACCAAUCUUGGACGGUCGAGAGUUGGGAGGAAGAAAACAAGACAUAUACUAAAACCGGCUUUGAUGCAGAUGUGGAUGGAGAAGUUUCGAAAUCGGCUAUGCUUGACAAAUUGGAAGAAAAGAAGAACGAACUGAGUUCAAUGGAGGAUACUGUAAAGGAGUUGGAGAAGAAAUGGGCAGAAGUGCUGGAAAAUGCACUUAAGCAGCCUUCCCCAGCACAAAGAGAGAAAACAUUGGAUAAACAACUUCACGGUUUACUUGAGCAACUAGCAGCUAAACAGACACAGGCUGAGGGUUUACUUGGCGAAAUUCACGUGAAAGAGAUGGAGCUGGAAAGAUUGAAUGGGCAAUGGCGACAACUGCAAAACAACAACUCAGAGGCAAACAAUGCUAGGAGUCGUUUUGUUAGAGGCUCCUCUGAUAAGGUACAAAGUUUGUCGGAUUAUGAUGGUCCUCAGAGGCUUCCUUACCAUUCUGCAGGCAGAACUGAAAGCCAGCAGAGGCUCAUGCUACUUAGGUCGGCAUUUGUGCUUUAUAUUUUAGCUCUAAACGUAAUUGUAUUUAUCAGGAUAUCAUUUUGA